AUGGUUUUGGUUGACGAAGAAUGCAAAAAAUUAGAGGAACAGUUAGAUGCGCUAAGAAUGGAAAUCAAAUUUUCGGAAAGAAAUGGUGAAGAAAUAGCUGGAGAACUUGAUAAUUUAAAUAAUCAGAUUACCGUGGAAGAAGAACGUUUACAGCAACAAGCCAUUAUGAUGAAAGAUUUGAAUGCGAUGAUCGAUCAGCUAAAGGGUAUUUUUAAUAUUUUUAAAGUUUUCUUAGCGCUCAGAUUAAAACUUCCUUGUUCACGAGUUAAAUAUUCAUUAAAUGCGAAUGAAUUUGUUUUACAUCGUCGUUUUUAUUAUCGCUUUCAAAUAUAA